AAGAUUAUAAUAUUGGUAUUAAGAAAUACGUCUUACGUGAAGAUUUUGAUCAUAUCCCGAAAUAUAUUCAUCAUUGUCGACGGUUGAAACGUAUUCAGAAUAUUCUUUUAUUCUCAUUAGUCACACUUGCAUUGAAACUUGUUUUCUACAAAUCAUUUCGAAUACGUCAAGUAUUGAUGUCAAUGUUACGAAUAACGCUAACACUAUUGAAUACAUUGGCAUAUAAACUGCAUGUACGGAAAUAA